AUGGAAAUGGACCAAUUUGAGCAAUCGACGGAGGAUUUUUUGGCGAACGGGCUCUACCAUCUUUACAACGAGCUGCAUGAUGACGGGGACGUAACGUUGGCUUUAGCUGAAUUAGCGUUUCCCGAGGUAGAACCAGUUGUUCCGGUGCGAGCGGAGCAGAUCCACCCUGCACGAACAGAAGACUGUGCGAUUUCUUCCAGCACAAUGCAAAUGCUAGACGGCCUGGAUAGUGUGGAUGAUCUGCAGUUGGAGCUAAACGUGGAAGACUUCAUCUUGGAGUACAAUUGCGUCAACUUCAGUCAGCUGUGGGAGAACGAGCUGAAGCUUCCAGAGAAUACCUAUUUGUGUGACGAUUCUUGUGAAGCUUUCAUACGGCAACCGGAACCAGUGGAGAUGUGUGAAUAUACUGUUACAAUUGUACCGGAAGGGUCACAAUCAGUACCCAGCAUUACAAGUAGCCACCAGAAACAGAGUGAAUGCGAACCCGACUCUACCGAGACGUUCGUGUGUCCGUUUGAAACCUGCCGGAAGGUGUACGCUAAACCGGUGCAUCUGAAGGCCCAUCUACGGCGCCACGUGGGUGAUAAGCCGUACCGGUGCAAAUGGCCCGAAUGCCAUUGGCGAUUUUCGCGCUCCGACGAACUGUCGCGCCAUUUUAGGUCCCACUCGGGAGUGAAACCGUAUCGGUGUGAAUACUGCCCGAAAUGCUUUUCUCGAUCGGACCACUUGGCCAAACAUCGGAAGGUGCAUGAACGAAAAAUGGCGCUUGUGGCUGGGAAACCAAAGGGAACCGGUGUCUGGAAUGGGACACAUCAGCCGAGAGGGCGUCCAGGACGGAAGCCAAAGCAUGCGGAGAAGUAA